AUGAUCUCCCAAGAAGAAGUACCGCAGAGUACAAACCAUUCUCUGUCAUUUUCAUCACUACCCCACGAAAUCGUUGUGAGUUGCUUAGCCCGCGUCUCGGGAUCGUACUACCCGAAACUCUGCCUCGUCUCCAAGCAAUUCCGCUCAAUCAUCUUAUCAAAUGAAAUCUACAAGGCUAGAUCCCACCUUGGAACCAAAGAAAACCGCCUCUUCGUUUGGCUAAAGUUGCCCACUCGUUCUUAUCCUUCUUGGUUCGCCCUUUGGAUAAAGCCUAAUGAAACCCUGACCAACGAUGGCCCGAUCAAGAAGCAGUCUACUGGAAAUCUACUGGUGCCGUUGCCUUGUUCGUAUAAUUAUCAAGUACUAGUACCCUCAGUGAUAGUUGGUUCAGAAACAUACAUAGUCGGUGGAUACGAUGAUGCUCUUUCUUCAUCCGUGUGGUUCUAUAAAAAUGGGAAGAUCCACACCUUAAGUAAAUCCCCUAGUAUGUCGGUGGCUCGGAUUGACGCAGUAGUUGUUGGACAGUAUCCUAACAUAUAUGUAAUGGGAGGGUGUGAUUCAGAUGAAUCCAUGAAUUGGGGUGAGGUUUUCAACAUAAAGACUCAAACGUGGGAACCUUUGCCAGACCCUGGUCCAGAGGUUCGUGGCCAGUUGGUUAGGAAAAUGAAAAUGCAGAAGAAAAACGUCUACGUUAGUAGUGAAAAGAAGGAUUAUAUUUAUGAUACUGAAGAACGUACAUGGAAAGUUACAGAGGCAGUCUUUAAUUUCAGUUGGUGUGUGAUAGAGAAAGUACGCUACAUAUAUUAUAACAAGAAUUGUUGGUGGCUUGACACAAAGUCUAAAGACUGGAGAAAGAUCAAAGGUUUGGAUUUUCUAAAUAAGUUUCGUGAAACAGAUAGGAUUGAAAUAGUUAACUUGGAUGGCAAACUCGUAAUGAUAUGGGACAGAUUUACGCUAUCUAAACGAAACAAGAAGAUUUGGUGUGCGAUGAUUGCGCUUGAAAAGUGUCAAGGAUGUGAAGGAAUUUGGGGCAAGAUUGAAUGGAUUGGUGAUGUGCUUAUGGUCCCUUUAUCAUAUAGCUUCUUGGAUUGUAUGGUCAUAUCCAUAUAA